AUGGCCGCUACUACACGCGCGAGAACUGGCAACUCCAAGCCCCGUCUCGUCCAGCAAAUCGAAAACGCUGUCGCGCCCACAAAACGCAGCACGACCACCAAAGCCAACACAUCCAAGCCCCGCACCAGCAAAGUAGCCUCUGGCCGCGUCACCAAGCCCAAAGCCACCACGACGACUACCACUACUAAGAAGACGACUACGACUAAGCCUAAGGCCGCUGCUGCACCAAAGAAGACAACCGGCCCCAACGUCAAGACAGUCAAGAAGCCGAGGACCAAGACGGAGAAGGUUGUUGAUAAGGUUGUUGGAAAGGCCGAGAAGAUUGUUGGUGAUGUGGAGGGUAAGCCGGGAAAGGAGGCCGCAGGCACCGCCAAAGCACGAGGCACAGACUCGACGACCAAGCGCGCCGCACCGCGGACUCGGGGCGUAAAGGCCUAA